CUUCAAGGUGGAGAACUGGAAGCAGAACCUGCGGGCGAUUUACCAGUGCUUCGUGUGGAGCGGCUCGGCCGAGACCAGGAAGCGCAAGCGUGUGCAUCAAACUUCUGGAUUGCAAAUCCUGUGGAGCAUUUGAAAGAGGAGUCCAGGAUUCAAGAAGCAUGUCUCUUUUUCAGCUGCGUUCUCUGCUUUGGCUGCCUAAGUGAGCUGUCUGAUUGACUCAGGAAGGAUGUUCUUCUUUGCCAUGUGCUGUGGGAACUGCCUUCUCCCUGAAAGCCCAUGAGAAGUGUCAAAGUCAGCUGCAAGCUUCAUUGUUCAGGAGGUCUCCAGUUUCAUACCUGAGCAAUCUUCCUUAGUUCUUAACCACUAAGGAUUAAAAAGAUCCUUAGACCUGCUGAAGGCAAAGUCGUGCAUUUGUCAUAUGUGUGGUGCCCACCUGAACAGACUCCACUCUUGCCUCUACUGUGUCUUCUUUGGCUGUUUUACAAAGAAACAUAUUCACGAGCACGCGAAGACAAAGCGACACAAUUUAGCCAUAGACCUUUUGUAUGGGGGUAUAUACUGCUUUAUGUGUCAAGAUUACAUAUACGACAAAGACAUGGAACAAAUUGCCAAAGAAGAACAACGAAAAGCUUGGAAAUUACAAGCCUUCACCCCAACAGUGGUUUCUCACUACCAGUGUACAAUGACAGGCAUUGGAGAGAAGUAUUCAACAUGGGAGCCGACCAAGAGAGAGUUAGAAUUGCUACGACACAACCCCAAGAGAAGAAAAAUAACCACAAACUGCACCAUAGGUCUACGAGGGCUAAUCAAUCUUGGGAACACAUGUUUUAUGAACUGUAUUGUCCAGGCACUUACCCACACUCCACUGCUGCGAGAUUUCUUCCUCUCCGACAGGCACAAAUGUGAAAUGCAAAGCCCCAGCUCAUGUCUGGUCUGUGAAAUGUCUACUCUCUUUCAGGAGUUUUACUCUGGGCACCGAUCUCCUCACAUUCCAUAUAGGUUAUUGCACCUGGUAUGGACUCACGCACGGCAUUUAGCAGGGUACGAGCAACAAGAUGCACACGAGUUCCUCAUUGCUGCAUUAGAUGUGCUACACAGACACUGCAAAGGUGAUGAUAAUGGGAAGAAGGCCAACAACCCCAACCACUGUAACUGCAUCAUAGACCAAAUCUUCACAGGCGGACUGCAGUCGGAUGUUACCUGUCAAGUCUGCCAUGGCGUUUCCACGACGAUAGACCCGUUCUGGGACAUCAGUUUGGAUCUGCCAGGCUCUUCCACCCCGUUCUGGCCGCUGAGUCCGGGCAGCGAUGGCAGCGUCGUGAAUGGGGAAAGCCACGUGUCAGGCACCACCACCCUCACAGACUGCUUGCGAAGGUUUACAAGGCCAGAACAUCUAGGAAGCAGUGCCAAAAUCAAAUGUAGUGGUUGCCAUAGCUACCAAGAAUCUACCAAACAACUCACUAUGAAGAAGUUACCCAUUGUGGCCUGUUUUCAUCUCAAACGGUUUGAACACUCAGCCAAACUGAGGCGGAAGAUCACUACGUAUGUCUCGUUUCCACUGGAGCUGGACAUGACACCUUUCAUGGCUUCCAGUAAAGAGAGCAGAAUGAACGGGCAGUACCAGCAGCCGACGGAUAGUCUAAACAAUGAUAAUAAGUAUUCCUUGUUUGCAGUAGUUAAUCACCAGGGAACCUUGGAGAGCGGGCACUAUACCAGCUUCAUCCGGCAGCACAAGGACCAGUGGUUCAAGUGUGAUGAUGCCAUUAUCACCAAGGCAAGCAUUAAGGAUGUGCUAGACAGUGAAGGAUAUUUGCUGUUCUAUCACAAACAGUUCCUGGAGUAUGAAUAGCCUUAUCCAGCAGCUUGUCAGAUGUAAACAAGGAAGAAACAACGCAAGCCUUCUGAAUCGACACACAAACCUACCUGAAAUGAAAAGACCCAUUACAAACCAACUCGCACUGAGCUGUAACAGGACCUACUUGACACUGACUCACAGCCUGGAGAGUGAGAAAUGAACAAUGUCCAACGUGUGUGCAGUCCCAUGAGGACAGAAAGGGGGAAAAGAGGCUGCAGUCAGUCACUUAACAGAGGAAAUAUAAAAUGAAAGGAAUGCUCUGGGUGGGGGAAAUGGGAGCAGAGGAGUCCGGGCACUGGUACAUCUCCUGUGUUCCUCCAAAAUGUGUGUGGGAAGGCAAAGGAUUCUACCCUCAUCUCCAUAAAGCAUCUUCUCCAUUUGGUGCUUCAGCUCCAACGACCAAUCAUAUAACAGUUAAAAUUUAAAAAUCCAAACCCAUUUUUUUAUGCAUAUGGGUCUGAAAGCAGUAGAGUGGAGGAGGAGGGGAUGAGACAACUAAAGGACUUUGCAAGUAUCUUUUUAUUUGUGAAUUUUAGUUAUUAAAUAAAUACAGUAUGAAACUAUUAGGCUCUUUUUUUUCCAACAACCACAAAAGAAAUCCUGGAUUGUGGAACUGAAGCUGCAGUACUCAGACAGGUUUUCAAGCAUGCCUGCUUGCACAGGUAAUGUUCAAUGCCAUUGGACUGCUCAUCCAAAAGCAUCAGCACAGAUUCUGUUGUUUGAGCCCUUUUUUGUUUUGUUUUCUAUAAAUAGCUAUUUUCUUAAUUUUUUUUCCUUUUAUUCCCUUUUUUCACGAGAAUGAAAUUCAUAAAUGCAACCAUCAGUAAAAAUGAAUGAAUUGGCGUGUUUAUACUG